CAAAUGUUUUCCGGCUUUUUAGCAUAGUCGAAAAUAGUUAAGCAGUUCCGAAAAUAUGAAGCUACAACAUUCGAAACUCGUCGGCGUUUCUUUAAGCGACCUGUUAGUUUGGUGCAGCUCCAAAAACAGAAUCUAUCAAUUAGAAUUUAUUUCUUCCUGUGUAGGACAGCGAAAGCUAAACUCUAUCAAAGUAUAGGGUCUAUCGAGAUAUUCUUCUUAUCUAUUCCCAGAAUGGAGCACUGCAAGAGUGAAAACAGCAAGCUGUCUGUUUGAACUGUAUCCAAGUUUGCAUUUGACAGCCGGUAACUACUGUGGUAGAUAGAUGCAGCCAUUUCUACACUAACUAUGGUAAAAUGUUACUACCAAUCUUCCUACUCCUUUCAUGCAGCUCAGCAAUAUCCCAACAGUAUUACCAAAUCGAAGACAUACCCAUUGAACAAUUCGUUCAAACAGAGCUUGAAGAUGAUGCCAUCGAUUUUGAGCUAAUGCCAAGACAACCAAGAUCCUUUCUGAAAAGCCAACUGGAUAAAACCACUUCUGACCAAAGUAGGCCAAGAAGUCGUCGGGAUAUUUCGGUAACCCCCACGACUCUAAGUACUCCGAUAGAUAUCACAAGUAUUGUAAAUGAUAUUGGGAAACCGUUAGAGUUAGUUAUCAUCGAUCCUGAUAACACGACCGAAAAGCCAUUGGGAGUUGUGACAGAGUUACCUGUUACUGAUGAAACGGAAGAUAAUAAUGUUCUUAUCAAUGAUUACAUUAGGUUUAGGAGGAAUGCUGGACAUCAAAAAGGGUCCGAAACAGAGAGAAACGUAGGUGGUCAGGACAGAAAUGAACCAGAACCACGUGGAGCUACAAAGGACCAGUGGGUCAAACAACAAUACCCAGUUCGAAACGACGAGAUCUACGAUGACCCAGCACCCCGCGAGAACGUCAGGGCCCCGAGGGUGAAUUUCGUCACACAUGGAUUGGGACCACCUCCUCCAAGAUAUGGAAGGGAACCCAGAGUGGAAUCUAGAGAUAUUAGGAAUCCUAGAGAUCCUAUAGGGGAACAUAGGGAGCCUAGAGGAAUGGUGGGGCUAAACAAGGACUUCUAUGAGAGGCAGUUGAUAAGAGAUCUGUCAUCGGAGAUGGAUUAUUAUUAUCCGAGGUAUAGCAGACCAUGGAGACAAGGAAGAGAAGACCCGUACUACUACAGAGCUGAACCAAGAGACCGGUACAGCCGAGAACCGCCACCAUCUCGGUACAGAAACUCAAGAGUACCUCCAAUCCCUCCCGUAGCUCCGUACUACGACAGACCUCGAGCUCCCUUUGAGGAACCAUCGACGGUACCACCUAAAAGGAAGCAACGGAGAAUCAUCUAUUACGCCAACCUUCCUGAUCCGCCGAGGACUCCUCCAAAUGUAGAUUUGAGGGAGCGGUACGAUUAUAGGGAUCGCUACGAUGAUCGGUACUACACGGCAGAUCCUUACAGGGGUCCACCGAGAACGCCCCCAUACAGAAACAAGGCCUACUUAAAAGACAGAUACGGAGAGACAGUACCAUCUUCUGACAAGACAACUCUCUACCCGGUCAAAGUUGGUGCCAAUUUGAACGUAAGGGAAGUAAAGAAGGUCCCUGAAGGACGGAUUUAUUCUAAUGUGGAUAAUAGGGCAAGAUAUGGAGAAGAUACGCUACCCUAUCCAAGCGAUAGAUUGUGAUUUUCCAGCUCGUAGUGUCAAGGUCCAGAUUUUAAAUCCCAGGUUACUCUCAAGUUGGGUAACUAUAACUUGAUGGUUGCCCGUAAAUUCGUGUUUCAGUUCUGGUUGACUAACCCAUAAUUUUUGAUGUGGCAACGCUGUUUCUUCGUCUGAACUAUUGUGAUCUGAGCAUUUGUGACGCUUUACCACCAGGAGCCUGAUUCUAAAUGAGUUUCGACUGUUGAAAUUAAUUUCGAUGGCGCCUUGUGAUGAUAUACUUGAUUCGCUAUAAUAAUUUUGAUAUCUGCUUAUAUCGAUCUUCUAUAUUCAAAUUAUCUUGGCAUUGUCAAGACUAUCAUAGCGAAUCAAGUCUAUUGUCACAAGAUGCUAUUGAGAUCAAUUUCAAUGGUCGAAAUUCAUUUAGAAUCAGGUCCCAGCACUAAAUAGGUUAAACUCAUAUAGUGGGGGUCAAGCCAAGAAUGUCGACGAUGAAGAAAGUUAGUACACUGCGCAGGAAAUGACUGAUUUCAGGUGCUGUGCAUACGGCAUCUAUCUCGUAUGUUGCAAACAGAAAUAAUGCAUAAUCUAAAUUAACAACGAAGCAAUAAACUUAUAAAGCAUGGCAAAUAAUGCGCAUAAAGAUUGCAACAGGUUAUGUUGAAUUUUUUUGAAAUUUUUCAAUGUGCCGACGUUGUACGCACUGUUCUACACCCACUAGACUUCCGGGAGCUACACCAUUCUUGGCGACAGGAUUGGCUUCAUACGAAUGCUUGUAUCCCUUAUGCAGUUUAACUUCCUAUCUGUAGUCUUCCUGUGCUCGGCGCUUGUGUCUCGUGUCAUUUAGGACAGCUCAUGUCAUUGACAAGCCCAACAGGUUAAGAGCUGAGGUUUAACAUAUACCCUAUUUCACGGGUAUCCGCUUUGACGUCUACUGAGGUAAACAGCUGAUCAGCAAGUGACAUUUUUGUGUUAGUCUGCGACGUUGGCAACAAUGAAUCGGAUGCAAAUCUAGUAAAACUUGUUUGUUUUUUGUAUGCAAAUGAACUUGUCCAAAUAAAAGAGCUGUUAGCAAGUACAAAAUAAAUCUGUAGAGUACAAACAACCAAAACAAAAUACGACUCUGACUAGCUGACGUUAACGGUUCCGUCAAAAUUAUAUGUCCUGUGCCGAUAUGGGGAAUUUUGAGAUAUUACUAGAUAAUCAGCUGUCAGUAAACCGCGAUGGAUACUUGUGAAAUAGGGUAUAACCAUUGAUUAACGUAUUCUACCUAAAGGUAGCCAACUUAAUGCAAUAUUUGCGCGUACAAGAUAAAAGGAGUACCGUAGCGUCAUAUAUGAGAGUUUAUCACAACUGCUUCUCUACUAUAUAUACUUUGAAAAGGUUAGUGUUUAAUAGAAGCGUAUAUGCUGGUAUAUUCUCAUGGAGUUAGCAAUAGCAACAGCAUCAUCAAUUAGGCCCUUAUAAAAUAUACGGUGAGGUUAAAGUUUGGAUUAAAUCGUAAUGUGUAUGAGAGAGAAACGCGAGAAUAGUAAAAUGUGAAUGUUAAAAGAUUGUGCUGAUGGCAUACGUGAUCUCGUACUCGGAUUGUUAGGCAACGAGGUGCUUCUAUCUCUUUCGCACACAUUACGACAUCAGUGAUAUUAGGGUUUGAGUGUAUAGUAAAUAGAGAAACAGCUGUGACAAAUUCUCAUAGAUGAUGCUACGGUAUCUCAUUUUAUCUCGGAUAAUUUUUUAGACGCGCGAAUAUAGCAUUAGGUCGGCUAUUUUCAGGUAGAAUACGUUAAUCAAUGCUAUAACUUACUAGUCAAAUCAAAGAAGGCCCUCUGGUUAAAGUUAGCUAUCUUUUUAGGACGUUUAACGCGUUUUGAGAGUUAACUGGGAGUUAGCAAAAAAAUUUGGUUAACCUGAGAAUGGAAAAUCUGGUAAUGUGAUUCAAAAUUGUUAAAUAUGCAUGUUUUCUUCAGGAGAAAUGUUUCUUUUCGUUGAAAUUGAACAUAAUACAGAAUGGUCACGUUUGUCAAAGGAUACCGUUACUACAAUGAUCGCAGACAAGCUUUAUAUUAAAUCAUCAAUAUGUUGUGAGUGCGAACGAUGAUAGAAGUAAGGAAUUUGUACAUAUCAUAGAAUAUACGGAUGUUCCAUGCUGUUCCGUUUCUCCUGAAGUGAACCUUGUAUGUGACUCAUUUUUUAUAAGAGUAUAUUAUUAAGUUAUUUAAGCUUUUCUCUAAUUUAAUACAAUUUGUACGCGAAAAUAUUCUAUAAUUAUAGACUUUUUAUGAAUAUUUUU